GAUCUUUAAAAAGCGGUGACAAUGUUAGGCAACAACUAAGUAGAAUAAUGGACAGAUUUUGUCUAAAACGUACAUCGACGGAUUUCACAUCAAAGGAUUACUAUAUCAAUAUCAGAAAGGCACUUGUGAACGGUUUCUUCAUGCAGGUGGCUCAUUUAGAGAGGACAGGUCAUUAUUUGACCAUCAAAGAUAAUCAAAUUGUACAGCUUCAUCCGAGCAGUUGCUUGGAUCAUAAACCCGAGUGGGUGAUUUAUAACGAGUUCGUGCUUACGACCAAAAAUUAUAUCAGAACAGUUACUGAUAUCAAACCUGACUGGUUGUUGAAAAUAGCACCACAAUAUUACGAUUUACAAAACUUCCCCCAAUGCGAGGCGAAACGACAAUUGGAAGUGAUUCAAACAAAGUUAGACUCUAAACAGUACCAGGAAGGAUUCUAACCCUUAUAUAUUUUAGCUAUCUUCAAAAAUGGUGUCGAGCGAUUGAUAACACGAUCUAUUUUCGCCGUCGAGUUGAACACUCGAUUUUUUCAAAUAUACAGCCAAACGAAACCACAUACAUUAAACAUUACGAGACACAGCCGAAAGAGCAGCCGUCUGCUCUGUAUUUUCACUUCAAAAAAACUGAAUGUAAAGAAAAAGACAAAUUUUAACGAACGUUUCUAAUUUUGUACAAGCUUUAACUUGUACAUUUUUUUAGGCUCGUGUGCCGAGGAAGUUUUCAAUGUUCGUAGAAGUAAUUCUAAUCGUAAACGUGAAACAUAAAAUGAGAAUUGUCCUUUAAUCUGCUAGAAGGCACGCGGAAGUCAUAGUUGAUUGAUAAAUUGUUUAUUUAUGUACAUUUAAAAAAAAGGAGUUUAGUGACUAAGUAAUUUUACUGGUAGAAUUUGUUGAUCAACGUCUGCACACUCGAAAUGUAAUACUAGAUAAAAGAAUAGAUUAAUUUUUGUAUUAAAUGUUGAACAAGUAUGCCAGAUUAAGAUACAUACAAUGCUUGCUAUCGAUAAUCGGAGGGCAAUGAUCUUCACGUGAACCUUGAACACAUUCUACCCUGUUUUUCUCUCUUAAAAUUAAGCAGUGGUGCAUAUUUCACCUUCUCAACAUGUACGUAUCCGUGGCGAUAUCACAUAUUUAUUAUCACGAUCGAAAAUGUGCAAAUACUAUAUUAUAUAUUGGUUUUCUCUGUUUUUUUUUUGUUUUACAAUCAGUACAAUUAUGUUGUCAUUUUACACGAUUAACGAUGACUGAAGACUAAUUCCAACCAUGGGAAAUAAAAUCGUAAUAUGGAAGCUACGUAAUAAGUUUUAAGAAUCGAAUUAUUCUUAUACAAAAUUGCGAGUAAUUAAAAGGGGAUUGCGCCUAACUAUUGCCCGAAUAACAGUGAUUUCAUUAAUUUUAGGAUAUCAUUCAUACACAUUGAAUUCUUUCUAGCUUGUUUAGAAUUUAUAAUUUUUAAAUAGUUCCAGAUACUACAAAAUUGCUUUCGCUAAUGAGAGUUUAAUUUCACGAUUUUUACAUCACUCUAUCAUUAAACGAUUGAACGAGAAUUUCGUUUCUUUUGUAAAUAAAAAGAUAUUCCGCGCAGGUAUUCGAAAGAACACAGCAUUACGAGAUUUCUGAUCGCGAAGUUCUCAUUGUAUUGUACCACUUCAUUCCAAUAAAAUAUUGAAAAUA